AAUGAUUAACAUUAUUUCUGACAUAGAAAGGCAAUAUUCUUCUACGUAAAUAAAUUAGCCUAAAGCCAGAAGACAGCAAUUUUGUUACCACACACGAAAUCUGUUUUUCUAUUUUGAUAGCAAAUUGAAGUAUACCCUAAUGAGAAUAAUACUACAAUACAAGCAUUUCCUAUGCCAUUUUUCAAAAACUCAUUAGGAAAAAUACUGUCGAAUCCGUUCGUAAAAAUAGUUGUUAUUAUAAUUUAUAUCACUAAUUUAUUAUUUGGAAUUUGGAGUAUAUUUUAUAUUGUGCAUGGCAUUAAAUACGAAAACUUAUUUGCAGAAAAUUCUGUACUUACAGAAAGUAUUAGAAUUUUUUUCAAAUACUUCACACAUUACUCAUGUCCCUUUCACAUAAUUAUUAAUGAAACGUUGGAUUAUUCAGAUAUAAAGGUACAAAAAUCGAUAAAAAAUUUGUUAAAUAAUUUCGAAAAAUAUCCAAAUAUUGCAGGAGAAGAAUUCACUAUAUCUUGGUUAAAAUUCUACCAAGAAUUUCAGAAAAGUCCGGUAGCAAAAUUUUCAUUACAAGGUUACAAUAUGACAAACAAACAAGACUUUAUCGACGGACUUUGCAAUGUAUUCUUCAACAUCAGAGCAGCCAAAUCAUUAUCUAAUGACGUUGUCUUUAACAGCAACAAAACGGAUAUCAUAUACAGUAGAUUUUUUAUUAUGGGAAAAGAUUUAAAUUCUUCAUACACAGAAAGAGAUACAUUAAGAGAUUUAUUGAAAAUUGCUGACGAGUCCGAAAUUUCCGUGCUGGUGCAUUGCAUUAAGUCAGGUUACAUUGAACAAGGGAUCAUUAUUGGACAAAUGAUAGAACAAUUAUUUUGGAUUAGUGCUAUAAUAAUAACAGCAGUUUUUCUAUUGUUUGUCCCAAAUUUGUUAGUGGCAAUUAUUGUUGCAAUAUCUGUGGUAUCUGCAAUGGUAGAAACGCUAGGUUACAUAUCCUUAUGGGGCGUUAACCUGGAUAUUAUAUCAAUGAUGAGCCUUAUUCUGUGUGUGGGAUUCAGCGUAAAUUAUCCUGCUCAUAUUUCGUAUGCUUAUGUCAUGUCACAAUGCAAAACAGCGAACGAAAGAUUAAAAGAUUCUUUGUAUCGUAUAGGCUUUCCAAUACUUCAAGGAUCAUUGACAACUGUAUUAGGAAUAUUGAUUUUAUAUUCUGAUGUAUAUUUUAUUUUGACCUUCGCGAAAAUUGUAAUCGUUGUAGCUAUGGAAACGGCUUUUCAUGCAUUGUUCUUUAUUCCUGUAGUAUUUUCUAUCAUUUAUGCUAUAUGUGAAAAAAUAAAAUGCUUUCUAAAAUAG